UUUAAAACAUCGUAAAAAAAUCUCAAAGCCUGUUAAUCAUGUUGCAUCAAGUAAAGUGGUUUCACCUACUAGCAAUCGGGGUGUCAUUUUGAUGGAACCAUAUAGUUAUUUAUUGUCCAACCCUGGUAAAGACAUCCGAACGAAAUUAAUUGAAGCUUUUGAUUUUUGGUUGAAAGUACCAAAAGAUCAAUUGACGAUCAUCAAAAAGGUUAUCGAAAUGUUACAUAAUGCUAGUCUAUUAAUUGACGAUGUACAGGAUAAUUCUACAUUAAGAAGAGGUGUUCCAGUUGCACAUCAAAUUUUCGGCAUACCAACUACAAUAAAUUGUGCAAAUUAUGUCUAUUUUUUGGCACUCGACGAAUUAUCUGGAUUAAAUAACCCAAAAAUGUGUAGCAUUUUUACCGAGGAAUUAUUAAAUUUACAUAGAGGUCAAGGCAUGGAAUUGUACUGGAGGGAUAAUUUUAUUUGUCCAAGCGAGGAAGAAUUCAUCGAAAUGGUAUCAAAUAAGACUGGUGGAUUAUUACGUUUAGCGGUGAAACUUAUGCAAGAAGCAAUCAAUAUAAUUGGCAUACAUUUUCAAAUACGGGACGAUUAUAUGAACAUGCAAUCUGAAAAAUAUUCUGAAAAUAAAGGUUUUUGCGAGGAUUUAACGGAAGGGAAAUUUUCUUUUCCGAUUAUUCAUUCAAUUCAAACAGAUAAUUCAAAUUGUCGAUUAAUUAAUAUAUUAAAACAACGUACGAAUUCACUGGAUUUAAAAAUGUUUGCGAUGAAAAUAAUCGAUGAAACUGGUUCGUUCGCUUAUACAAGACGUUACCUUACCAAAACUGAACAAACUGCUCGUGAUGAAAUAAAAAAAUUGGAUGGAAAUCCUUAUUUAGAAAAAAUUAUAGAGAUGUUACAUGUCGACGAUAAUUCUCAAUAA